AUGACUCUUCCUGCUGUCCUCGCAGUCGCUCUGCUGGGGCUCCAGGCUGCCGCCCUCCCAGGCAGAGACGACCCAGCCAUCUUGCGACGCGCCUGCCCAGACUACACCUCCUAUGCAUCAACGCCGCAUGCUCCCUAUAGUGGAGGUCCCUUGAACCUUCCCUUUCAGCGACCUGCGGAAGCAUGUCGGACAUUCUCAUCUCCCGCCGUGGAGAAGGUCAUUGACGAUAUCACCUCGCGCCUAGUCGAUAAGGACCUGGCUCAGUUAUUCCGAAAUGCAUUUCCAAAUACCUUAGACACCACAAUUCGGUGGCAUACGAACGGAUCAAUAUCAUCCGGCACCAAUGCCAAGCGAGACGGCGCGCAAUGGACCGGAGUGCAGACGUUCAUCGUGACAGGCGAUAUCAACGCUGAGUGGCUUCGUGACUCAACCAACCAACUCAGAAACUACCAGAAACUGGCUGCUAAGGACAAGAGUCUUUACUCGCUCAUCCUGGGUGCUAUCAACACGCAGUCCGAGUUCGUCAUCCAGUCGCCCUAUUGCAAUGCUUUCCAGCCACCGGCUCUCAGCGGUAUCAAGCCGGAAGCCAGCACCCAAAAAGACACCGUGCAUCCUGCCUAUGAUGAGUCUUUUGUAUUUGAGUGCAAGUAUGAACUUGACUCCCUGGCCCAUUUCCUACAGCUAGGCACCGAGUUCCACGAGAAUACUGGUUCAACUGAGUUCUUGACGGACCGAUGGUAUAAAGCGCUCGAAACUGUGCUGAAAACAAUUGAUGCUGAGUCUCAGCCCACCUUCAAUACUCAUGGCCAGUUCAUCCAAAACCAGUACACGUUCCAGCGCGAGACUACCAUUGGCACCGAGACUCUCAACCUAGCUGGUGUUGGCAACCCGCUAAAUAGCGAGACCGGCCUAAUUCGCAGCGCCUUCCGUCCUAGUGAUGAUGCUACAAUCCUAGCUCCAAAAGACGGCGAAAGUCAUCAAGGCAGCGGUGGACCUGCAAGUCUCGUCGCAGACUUACAGGAACGCGGCACCAAGCUAGCCAAGGCAGUUCGCGAUCACGGCAUUGUUCAACACCCCAAAUAUGGCGAUGUCUACGCAUUUGAAGUUGACGGGUAUGGGUCACGUAUUCUCAUGGACGACGCCAACAUCCCCUCACUGCUCUCGUUGCCCUACCUCGGCUUUGUGGACAAAUCAGACACCGUCUACAAGAACACACGCAAAAUGAUCACCAACAAGGCCUCCAACCCGUACUACCUGGUAGGUCCGCAGUUCCACGGCAUCGGUGGUCCACAUAUCGGUCUUGAGAACGCCUGGCCCAUGUCUCUACUUGUCCAGGCUAUGACCUCUGACGACGACGAUGAGAUCAUUGGAAACCUCAACCUCGUUCGUAACUCCAGCUUGCUUGGACUUGUUCACGAGUCUAUCAAUGUUACUAACAUCAAGGACUACACCCGUCCUUGGUUCGCGUGGGCAAACUCGGUCUUCGCGCAGACUGUUCUUAAGAUUGCUGCUGAGAGACCUCAUUUGAUCUUCGAUACCGAUGCGAAGCCUUAUAUUGUUCAAUAG